CCUGAUACUGUUGUGGGCAACUCAUUGCUGCACUGCUUUCUGUAUUUAUCUUCUAAAGUCUUGUCUUUAGAUAAUGGAGCCAGUGAACUCAUUUGAGAACGCAGAAACUGAGAGUCAGUCACAGUCCGCUGUCCCACUGUCCCCCUCCAUUUAUGUUCGUCCCACACUGAGAAAUGGUGAGAGUUACCAUGUCUUCAUCAGCUACAGUAGCACUGACUACCAGUGGACCCACUCCAUCAUCAGCCACCUGGAGUCCUGUGGUCUGCAGGUCUGCUACCAUGAGCGUGACUUCACUCCUGGACGUACCGUGUUGGAGAACAUGUCCGAAUGCAUCCAGGAGAGCCAGAAGGUGCUGCUGGUUCUCAGCCCAGAGUUUGUGAGGAGCCGCUGGUGUCUCCUGGAGGCCAACAUGUCUCUGUUCAGAGACUGCCUGGAGAGGAAACCCAUCAUCCCAGUGCUGCUGCAGUCAGGAGUUUCAGUUCCUCUCCAUCUUUGCCACCUCACUUACCUGGAGGCCAGCGACCCCAGCUUUAUGGACAAGCUGCUCAAGGUACUCUGCACCCCCAACCAGCAGCUUCAAGGGUCCACUGUGGCACCCUUCCAGCCUCCCUCUAUCUACAAUGGGAAGGCCAUGCAGCCUUUGAUUGCUGUCAAUGAUGAUGAACUUAAUACAUGGGAUUCUGGUAAGUUCAUGGACACAGAGGUGCCGGACCAACUGCGUCUGAUCAUCGAGGACCAAGAGAAGUACAGAGAGGCUGUGAGGAUGAUCAACAGUGUCUCUCAAAAUAAAGUGUGGCUGCGCCCACUCUGGAUUAGAGUACUGAUCUACGUUACUGGUGUAAUAACUUUUUUAGGCUGGGUAGCUAUUUCAAUUUAUGUGACAAUAUUCAUAGCCAGUAACUUUUCAGUUGAAGAUGUCAACAAAAGUCUUACUGGAGUACUUGUGGUUACUAUUUCUAGUGUCUUCUGUGUUCCAUUGGGGCUGAUUAUUCAGCUUAGUCUCUGGAAGAGGGAUGAUGGAAAUUACAUUGUGAGGGAGAUGCAGAAAGCUGUGGGUCAGGCAAACACAAUCAUCUGUGUGGAGAAGGUGUUAAUGGGCUGUCGAUCCAAUUCAAAAAUCUAUCUGGUGUAUGUUUCUCUAGAUGGCUGCAAACAAGAGUUUGAAGAAACAUUUUCUAAGCAGGAAGAGGCUGAGCACAUGUUUCACAGAGCUCUGAUCUUCUUCUCAUCAGGUUAUGCCUGUUGCCUUGCCAAAAGACAUUUUCCUUUUCCCCAACCCAGCUCCACUGGUCACCUGGAGGGAGGAGUGUGUUUCUGCCAGUAUGUCUCCCAGCAGCUGAGCACGGGAGACUGGAAGUAGAAAUAUGUAGAAUUAUAAUCAAAUAUUGACUUAAAACUAUUCACUGCCCAAUAUGUGUCAGGCAAAUUGUUGGAAUUACUGGAUCAUGAACAUGUGUGAACAUACAUUGAUGUGUGCUGUAUAUUAUGCUUUUAGAGCCACAGUUUUAUUUUUAAAAAAGAAUAUUGUGUUUCUGUCAGUAUUUCUCCCAGUAGCAAAAACCAGAUCAUGGAUAAGUAACAGUAUGGACUUG